UUCAAAAUCGUUGUAUAAAAGGGGAGUUUUUAACUUUUCUGAACAAUUUCGUAAAUUUCGUGAUAAAGAUAACGGUGAUACGAGGAAAUUAGCAUCAUUUCCAACUACUGGUAUCGCGUCCGUCGUUCGUUCCGUGGAAAAGUAGGCCGGGAAAGUGUUAAACACACGGCGCUAAAGAUCGCCAAAAAGACCGGGCUGAAACCACGAAAAGGAUUCUGAAUCCUUUUACAACACCGGAACCAACUCUCAAUCAUCUCCAGAAGGUACAAAAAUCUGCGGCAGCAAUCCGGGUAUCUCGACCGGAAUCCACUUCUGAAAUCAUCACGGCAAGAUCCGGAGUAACCGCAAGAGGCCUAUAUCCUCAGAGAAGCUUGCGAACGCCCAGGAAGGUGGAUUCAAGGAAGAAGGCGAUCGUCAGACCGGAAGAAUAAUUUAUCAAAUUCGGGCAAAGAUUGUGUUUGGCCACAACAGUAACGAUGGCAGAGGAGGAAGAUCCAAAGGAAUACCGCUGGGAGACGGGAUACGAGAAAACAUGGGAGGCAAUCAAAGAGGACGACGAUGGAUUGAUCGAAGGAUCGGUAACCGAUAUUAUACAGAAGGCGAAGCGAAAGCGGCAAGCCAUGAAGCGUGGCUUCAGCAAACUCGGAAUGAUGCGCCACCUGUACGUCCUGCUCGAUUGCUCUGAAGCGAUGAGCGUGCCGGAUCUGAAACCCACGCGUUUUAUCUGUUCGCUGAAGCUCCUGGAGUUGUUCAUCGAAGAGUUUUUCGAUCAAAAUCCUAUCUCUCAGCUCGGCGUCAUUGCGAUGAAAGCGAAGCGUGCGGAAAAGAUUACCGAGCUGAGCGGUACGGCCCGGAAACACGUGAAGGCGGUGCACGCUCUCAACACGCAGCUUACGGGAGAACCAUCGCUACAGAAUGGUCUGGAGCUGGCGCUCAAAACACUGCGGCUGGUACCGUCCCAUGCCAGCCGCGAGGUGCUGGUGAUCAUGGGUAGCCUUACGACAUGCGAUCCUACCGACAUUCACGUGACGAUCGAGACGCUUAAGACGGAAGGUAUUCGCUGUUCGGUCGUCUCACUGUCGGCCGAGAUCCGUAUCUGCAAGUAUCUCUGCACCGAAACGGGAGGUACGUACGCUGCCGUUCUAGACGAUGCACACUACAAGGACCAGCUGCUGCAGCACAUCGAUCCACCGCAGGCGGGAAAUCAGCAGGAGUUUUCCCUCAUCAAAAUGGGCUUCCCGCAUGGCAAGACGGAGACGGGUAAAGAGCCACCAUUGACGAUGUGUAUGUGCCACAUAGACAGUACUGACGAACCGGCAAAACUGACCUCAGGCGGGUACCACUGUCCGCAGUGCUACAGCAAGUAUUGUGAGCUGCCUGUUGAAUGUGCUGCGUGCGGGUUGACGUUGGCUUCGGCACCACAUCUGGCUCGUAGCUUUCAUCACCUGUUUCCUGUGCCACACUUCAAGGAGCUUACGCUUGAACAAGUACAACAAGAAGCGCGUGAAGUACCGGUCAACUACUGUUACGCCUGCCAGAAGCCACUCACCGUUACCACGGACAAGACGGUGUACGAGUGUGAUGCCUGUCGUAUGGUGUUCUGCAUCGAUUGUGAUAUUUUCAUUCACGAAACGCUGCACUCGUGCGUCGGCUGCACCACCAUUCCGGCCUCGGCACAAACCCUGCAGGCACGAAAGCCAGUGGCGCCACCACAUAGUUUGUCCAUCAUUUAAACUCUAUCCUACCAACAGUACGCUAGGCCUGAAUCAAAUAUUUGGUUGCUUCCUACGGCUUGCUUCGACGAUGGAAGCAACAGUCCAAGAAAGUAGAACAACAGAAACACAAUAACAUAAAGUAGUCAUUGAUCGCAAGAUGGAAAGAAAGCCCUUCAAGGAAAUACCGGCGAUUGUAUCUGUUCGAAUCAGUGAGUAAACACGAAUUGCUUAUGGCGAUUUGAUAGC